AUGUUUACACAUCUACAAGUGGUAAUAUUAAUUUAUGUUUUCGGUAAAUGGACCACUUGUACUUUUUCCGAAAGUCUACUGUUGGAGUAUCAAUGUGGAGUGACUUUUAACGACUCAUUACGUGGUGAAUGGCCCUACCAUGUGGCAAUUCACGGAGCAGUACCAGACUCGCCGCCCAGAUACAAAUAUAUCUGCGGAGGCACGCUGAUUGGGAUCCGAACUGUACUCACUGCUGCCCAUUGUGUAGUCGUGCAUCAAAAUACUGCUCUCAAUGGUACAUUGUUGCAGAUCCAUGCGGAAAUUUAUUCCCUAGCAUCCGUUAAGUAUUCCACUCCGUAUAAUGUUUCCACGGUAGUAACUUAUGAGGAUUACGAUGUUAACAAUCUGGCCAAUGAUUUGGCGGUGCUGAAAUUGGUUGAAAGUGUGGAAUCAGUUCGUUCAACCGGCCUGUGUCUGGUCGCCUGGUGA